AUGGAAAACUGUGAGGGAGUCACUGGAAUGCCGAAGAACAUGAAGAGAGGAGCCCCGUUGUCAGCAGAGAGGAGCCCCGGCGUCAGAGCGGCGUACAUCGCCCAGAACGAGGAGCGCGACGGCAUCCGCUUCAGCUGGAACGUGUGGCCGUCCAGCCGGCUGGAGGCGACCCGCAUGGUGGUGCCGGUGGCCGCCCUGUUCACGCCGCUGAAGGAGCGGAGCGACCUGCCCCCCAUUCAGUACGAGCCGGUCCUCUGCAGCCGCGCCACCUGCCGCGCCUUCCCGCCGUCUUACACCGGGAUAUCCGAGGUGAACCAGCCUGCCGAGCUGCUGCCUCAUUUCUCCACCAUCGAGUACGUGGUUCAGCGGGGCCCUCAGAUGCCGCUGGUCUUCCUGUACGUGGUGGACACCUGCAUGGAGGACGAGGACCUGCAGGCGCUGAAGGAGUCCCUGCAGAUGUCCCUGUCCCUGCUGCCGCCCACCGCCCUGGUCGGGCUCAUCACCUUCGGCCGCAUGGUUCAGGUCCAUGAGCUGGGCUGCGAGGGCAUCUCCAAGAGCUACGUCUUCAGGGGGGCCAAGGACCUCAGCGCCAAGCAGUUGCAGGAGAUGCUGGGUCUGACCAAACCCUCAACUGCUCAGGGACGAGGACCUCAGACUGCCCCGCAGCCUCUGUCCAACAGGUUCCUGCAGCCCGUGCAGAAGAUUGAUAUGAACCUGACCGACCUCUUGGGUGAGCUUCAGCGGGACCCCUGGCCCGUCACCCAGGGUAAGAGACCCCUGCGCUCACUGGGUGUUGCCAUGUCCAUUGCGGUAGGACUUUUGGAGUGCACCUUCCCCAACACCGGCGCCCGCAUCAUGACGUUCGUUGGGGGCCCGGCAACCCAGGGGCCCGGCAUGGUCGUGGGGGACGAGCUGAAGACGCCCAUCAGGUCCUGGCACGACAUCGAAAAGGACAACGCCAAGUUCAUGAAGAAAGCCACCAAACACUUUGAGUCUCUAGCCAACAGAGCGUCCACAAAUGGUCACAUCAUCGAUCUCUAUGCCUGCGCUCUCGACCAGACGGGUCUGCUGGAGAUGAAAUGCUGCCCCAACUACACUGGGGGAUACAUGGUCAUGGCUGACUCCUUCAAUACAUCUCUGUUCAAACAAACCUUCCAGAGAGUUUUCACCAAAGACGUACAGGGAUCCUUCAAAAUGGCCUUUGCUGCCACACAGGAGGUCAAGACCUCUCGAGAAAUCAAAGUGUCUGGAGCCAUUGGACCCUGCGUGUCACUGAACGCCAAAGGGCCCUGCGUCUCUGAGAAUGAGAUCGGCACGGGAGGAACCUGCCAGUGGAAAAUCUGUGGUUUGGAUCCAAGCACCACGCUGGCUCUUUAUUUCGAGGUGGUCAACCAGCACAACGCUCCAAUUCCUCAAGGCGGCCGUGGGGCAAUCCAGUUUGUCACUCAGUAUCAGCACUCAUCGGGACAGAGACGCAUCCGGGUCACCACCACGGCCAGAAACUGGGCUGAUGCUCAGACUCAGAUCCAGAGCAUCGCAGCAUCCUUCGACCAGGAAGCGGCGGCCGUCUUGAUGGCGAGGCUGGCGGUGUACCGGGCAGAGACGGAGGAGGGGCCGGACGUCCUCAGAUGGCUGGACAGGCAGCUAAUCCGACUGUGUCAGAAGUUUGGAGACUACCACAAGGAUGACCCGAACUCCUUCAGAUUCUCCGAGACGUUUUCCCUCUAUCCUCAGUUCAUGUUCCACCUGCGGCGCUCUCCGUUCCUGCAGGUGUUCAACAACAGUCCCGACGAGAGCUCCUACUACAGACAUCACUUCAACAGGCAGGACCUGACACAGGCUCUCAUUAUGAUCCAGCCUGUGCUCUACGCAUACUCCUUCAGUGGGCCGCCCGAGCCUGUGCUGCUGGACAGCAGCAGCAUCCUGCCAGACCGCAUUCUGCUGAUGGACACCUUCUUCCAGAUUCUCAUCUACCACGGAGAGACUGUUGCCCAGUGGAGGAAGGCCGGAUACCAGGAAAUGCCCGAGUACGACAACUUUAAACACCUCCUCCAGGCUCCAGUGGAUGACGCCCAAGAGCUGCUUCACACCCGCUUUCCCAUGCCCAGAUACAUCGACACUGAGCACGGAGGCAGCCAGGCUCGCUUUCUGCUCUCCAAAGUCAACCCAUCUCAGACCCACAAUAACAUGUACACCUGGGGGCAGGAGUCUGGCGCUCCCAUUCUGACGGACGACGUCAGCCUGCAGGUGUUCAUGGAUCAUCUGAAAAAACUGGCCGUCUCCAGCGCCGCCUAACACGGCUUUGUUUGACUGGUCAUCCUCCCCACCCCACCCCCAUUAUUAUUACGGUCACUUUAUUUACAUUUGCUGCCUGAGAUUUCGUAAACCCACCAAGGAACACUUGGUUGGCCAUUGUGUCGUGUCAAAGACAGUCGCACAGUUUUUCUGUUGGGAGUCCUCCAAUGAUCAAAAUUUUAAUGCGAUAUGAGGUGAUACAGCUACAGGAGACUUGUCUGAUUUUUUUUUUUUAAAUUUGAUCUUUUUUCAUGUUCGAGUUAACGGAGGGACAUCAACCUGUUAUUACUCUGAAGAAGAAGAAAAAACGCGCAGUCAGGCAAAGAGAAAAAGUCACCCCUUGGAUUUAGGUGAUCAGAGUUCAGGUGAGAGGUUCCACUACAUCAUGUCCAACACAAUGAGAUCAGCUUUGUGAUAAAAUCCCAGAUGGAUCAGGGACAAAGUGCCAAUGGCAGGAUUGCAAGAAGACUGGGAGCAGGAAACGUCAUUUCCAGAUAUGGAUCGAGACCACAGAGUCAUUAGAGUUUUUAAAUGGGCUGGAUGGAUGUCGCACAACAGAGCAACCCUCCAUCCUCUACACAAGAAGAUAAACUAAUCUUAUCUCAUCGCAGAAAUCUUCCUUCAAAAUGCCUGGCUGCCAUAAUCAGAGAAAGGGUAGGGAAUGUGACUGCCUGUUUGUAUUGUGUUUAAUCCUGUGUUUAUUUAAAGUCUUAAGAAGAUCAGAUAGAUGGAAGUUAUUCAUGGCAUGUGGCUCACCCACAUCUGACAGCAAACUCACAAAAACCCACUUCAACACCUCCAAAAGUUCAAAAUCGUCAUGUAAAAUGUUGGUUUGCUUAAAAAAAGCUGUUUCAAGUCAUUUAGGCAUCAGGCUGACCCAAAGACUCUGUUCUCUAGCAGCACGUUAUUAUCCUCAUGAUGAUGUGAGCACCCUGCCCUUCUUUAUCUUCUGUUUGCUUCCAUUUCUCUUCAAACAGAUCACAAACACUAAAAGUCCUGUGACAGGUCGACCAGCAUUGCCCUUGUCUUUAUUCUCCUGUUUGUAAUUAAACUGUGCUGUGGAGAGUUCCCGUCUCUCUGCUAUAGAGAACAGGUUUGCAUAUUAUAAAUCCUCAUUUGCAUCCUCAGAUGUUUCGAUUAGAUGUUUUUUUUUGCCGGGGAUAGUGUGGUGUGUGUAGCAGGUCCCCUUCUUACUGCAGUAUAUCUACAUGGUAACUGAUGCUGGAAACAUGAGCUAAUCCAUCCGUUAAGAGGUUAAAUGCACUCUCCCUGUGACCAUUAAAAACAAAUAAGAGACAAUCCCCGAAGACAGUCUCUGUGAAUAUGUUUUCUUGCUGUCUUCAUCAGAAGUCAGUCCUUAUGCCUAACCAAAGCGCUGAACUUAAGCUCCCUCAGACAUUGUUCGAUUUUAUGGCAUGAAAAAAAACAUUCCGGGCAUCCCAAAGGCCGAAGUAGAGAGCAUUUGAGACGGCUUGGACGCGGUUUUCAUUCAAAUCACUUCUGCUUUAUUUAUAUAGCUUAAAAUCUCAGCAAAUAUCGUCUCUGGGCGUACAGUCUACUUCGUCCCAAUUCAUUUGAAAACCAUCGUAAUCAAACUGGAUCAAAGAUUUUAGAGGCUUCCUCGCAGAAAGUCUUUUUCAACGUAACCGUUUACACACAUGGACCCACGCACCACUACAAGGACUCCGACCUCCCGAGCCCCAAACUUCCUGCCAUUCUUCUGUCAGUUCCUUCAGGAAACAGGAAACAUCUGAGUCACCGUGACAACCAUUUACAGUCAUUGUUUUGCCACUUUUUGUGAAGAUACAAUAGAGCGUAGAAUGAUUGUAUAUCCGACUGAGGGUUGAACUCCGUGAAUGCAGAGACCGGUGGCUUUAGACUGUCUGUAGAAGACAAUCUAAGGCUCCUUCAGAAGAACUCAGCUCCAUGAGGUUCAUUCCAUGGACACAGAAAUAGGGUGUGAUAGAGAAA